AUGGUCAAAGUUGCGUGGACACGUCUAAUCCGCUUCGUUGCGACUGACGGCCGGACACUGCGAGGGGAACCUAUUCUUCCUUCGGAAAAUUUCGAUGUUGGCAACGCCACAGAAGCAGACGAAUUGCAGGCGAAAGUGAUUGUCGGUGAUGACAUAUUCGACACGACAGGGCAGACAUUCGUGACGAACGAGAUCGUCGGCGUGAAGAAGGUGCUCGGGCCAUUGGCGGCCUCGGAGAUUCCAAUCUUGAGAUGCGUGGGUUUGAAUUAUGCAAAGCACAUCAAGGAAGCUGGGAGAGCUCCUCCACCAUUCCCAUUCAUUUUUUUCAAGCCAAACACGACGGUUAUCGACCACGAGGCGUCGAUCGUGAUACCGAAAAUCGCCCAAGAUGAUCAAGCAGACUAUGAGGGAGAAUUUUGCAUAGUGAUUGGGAAGGAUGCAAAGGAUGUCUCAGUGGACGACGCCCUUGACUACGUCGGAGGCUACACAGCUGGAAACGACGUCUCAUCUCGAAAGCUUCAACGUGACCCUGAACUUGCUGGAAGAGUGCCUCAAUGGGGAUUUUCCAAGGGAUUUGACACUUUCGCUCCACUAGGGCCCGUUCUCGUUGCACCUGCACUCAUUCCCGACCCUUCAAAACUUCAUCUCAAAACGAUUGUGGACGACGAAGUCAGACAGGACGAGAGCGUGUCCGACUUGCUCUUUGACUGCAAGUACAUCAUCUCUUACCUGAGCUCCGGGACAACGCUGCAGAAGGGAAGCGUGAUCAUGACAGGUACCCCUGGAGGCGUUGGAGCCGGAUUAAAGCCGCCGAGAUACCUGACCCCAGGAGCCAAGAUCGAGGUUAACAUCACGAAAAUUGGGACCCUUCGAAACCCUGUUGAAUUCGCGUAA